AGCCUCUAAAACCUUUACCUUCGUUGAAUUUUUUCCUCACCCAGCCAACGACCCAAAUUUGUUUUCAUGUCAACCUUGCGACCUCUAGUGAUUUGGGAUUUUAUUCAAUCAUAUAAAUUUAAUUCGGGAGAGUCUGCUGUCAUCCAUCAUUCAUAUAAACUUCCAAGAAAACAAAAUGCUCUCUCCAAAAAGAGGCAGUCACGACUACCAUGCUCCGGUCCACUCGGAAGAGCGCUUACGCUUCGACGAGCGCAUCACCCACAUGGGCUGUAGUUUGAAAUGGGAGCAUCUAUCCGGUACGGAGGAUCAUUUGGGCAUUACUUCCCGCGGACGUGGGAAGGGAUUCGGAGGGGCAGCGCAUAAGAAGACGGCAAAUGGAAAUGGCAGAGGGUCAAAGACUAUGGCAGGAGGCUUUACUGAUGUAGCAGGCCAUAAAAGUGGAAGUCCUCAACUUGUUGGAGAAGAGCAGAGCGCGGCUGCGCCCUCUAAAUCCGAUGUCUUCUUAAGUUUAUUCAACGAUGAUCCAGAAGAGGGACAUAAAAAUCAUCAGGAAGGAGAUACCUCUGACACCGAUCCAGCCACACGUCUUACAGGUGCUCGUCUUACAUUGUGCUCGUCUGGGAACAAUACUUUGAACACUUCUCAAGUCCGCCUAAGACCAAUUUUCCGUCAGCAGAAUAUCAAGCGUUUUCACGCAGGGAGACAACAGCCAAUUGAAGCUGAGGUAGUGUUACCCUAUGAGGCGGCGGAUAGUGUUGUGAAGCGUGUGGAGAAGGGUUUGUUUGGUGGGGAGGAGGAGAAGACAGCCGACAAUGCUGGUGAUGGGGAGACUUUGGAACGUUAUCUGCGCCAACCUUGGUCCCCCAAAGAAGUGAUGUUUCGACCUGCUUUGGUAUCGACGAAAAAAAAAGCGAAAAAGAAGAUGAAACAGCACAAGCAGCAGAACGUUAAUAAGGAGGUGAAUUUUAUUGCGGAACCUUCAGCACAAGUCCAACAGCUUUUGUCCUCUUCCUCCAGUGAAGAAGAACAGCCUUAUCUUUUCAUCACGGGCGUCCGUGAAGCGAACCUACUCGGCGAGAAGAAGCAUUUCCCUUACAGGAUUGACAAGAUCAAUGAGAGCAGGUUGAAGCACAAUCAGCGUGUGAUGUUUUCGAGGGAAAGAAGUCCGAGAAAACUGAAUAUCUUAGGCCCAACAAGACUGGGUGAUCGGUAUGGCAGUCCGCGCAUGUCUGCCAAAGUUCAAGCCGAACCGGAUGUACGACAUAUGCUGAGACUGGAGGAGAAACUAGACUUCGACAACACUUUCGGGGUGGGAAGGAAAAACGUGCCUGACGCUACUAGUAGUAUUAAGGGUGGUACUAGAAAAACCACUUCAGUAGCUACUCCUGUGGGAGAUGAAGAAGCAGGAGUUGAACAAGCCGUCGGACAGCAAGUUACGGGUGCAGAUGACACACCAACUCUUGUGCAGAAAGACAAUCUCAAUCAAACUUCCGAGUUUCCUUCUUCCUCCUUUGUUCCACACCAGAAAAAGAAAACCACCAAGACAUUGCGUCCGCUUUACCAAAGGUUACCCGUAAACUGUGGCGCAUAUGUGGAGCUCGCUGCCAGGAAUGCGAAUGGAGCUUCUAGAACGAUGUAUCGAGUCAGAAAAGAUCCGCCUCCUACGAUUUCUCGUUUAGAAGCAGAGUUCAGCAUUGAAGAAUACCUAGCGAAGCUAAAGCAAGACUGACUCAGAUAGGAAACUGCUCCUAUGCACGAGGAUUCUCAUUCUCAUGUUAUUAAGGUCAAAAAAAAGGCGGAGUGAUUACGUAGUCUUUGCAGGAUGAGACGUAUCAAAGCAUUGAUGUAUAGUAGAAAUAGGACUACCAAUUUUCUUUAUGUUAGACAAAAGAUGCGGAGAUGUCUGAAUUGGCUGAGACCCAAGAACUAGAACUGUUUUAAGAUUCUCAUCUGAUGAAAAUGUUUUAACUCUUAUCUCCAAGAAGAGCAUCUACAAUUCUAACGUGUUGUACCUACUUGCCUUAGCACGAGAAGGUUCUUGUGUAGGUAUCUUUUUCUCUAGUAUCGGAGCACUACUUGCUCAAGUAAAAGAACACGAAACUGCAAUGGACCACGAGGAUUUAUUUGAAAGAACUGAGAACGAGCGAUGACGAGUUAGUUUGUUGAAGCUAUAAACAGGAGUGUUCUUGAUUUUUGAGCGUUAAACAAGAGACACAGGUGAAAGUUCGGGUUGAGCGUCGUACGUCUGGUUGCGAAGAGCAUUUCUUUGUGAGGACGUUUUUUAAGGUUCUAUACUUGUUUGAAGCAAGAGGAGGCUGAAAAGCUAGGUUGAGGUCUCUUACUGGUACUUAUACACGUCAGGUAAGUUGGGUUGAGGACAGGAUAAGUCCGACCAUGUAAGUACUCAGUCUAAGUCUCACGUAAGUGAAAAAACCCAUUUUCAUUUGUUAAUCAUCGUCAGGCCAAUUAGUUGCGUUGAAAACUCACCCUCCCCUUUGUGCUCCCCCAUUCUCUUCCUGUGUGAAGAUCGGACUCAAAUUUGUUAGAGAAUAGAUCGUAGGAGCAUUAACUACAUAGUCUGAAGACGUGAGCCUGUUGCGCUACAUUCUCGCGUCCUUGACAUCAACAAACUUGAUUUCUUGAACUGUUCGUUUUCUAUCGUGUAUGCAUGCAUAGCAGCGCCAGCUAUUUCGUAUCCUCUGUAAAUUACGUUAAGUCGAAAUAAGUUUCCUUUCUUGCAUGCCAGUCGUCCACCAUAGAUUCAUAGUCCUUCCUCGCGUUAAAUGCUAGUGACUGGACUACAGCGACUACACAAACACAUGCAUAUUUUCUUCCUCGAUAAACGCAACAUCGUCAUUUUUAUGAAUGUAGAGCACGCUACUUACAUUAUAAGAAGAGAUGGCAUCGACACUUUCUUCGUCGCGCAGUAUUGGCGCUGUCCCAGCAAUGGGCUUAGGGUUAGAGCUUCCUCAGCUUCCUCCUUGGAUUUUGGGCGACGCCAAGCAAGCAACGUCGAUGCUCACGGUGAACGAAGAUCUGACCUCGUGGAUCAACUCUUUCGAGACCAAGAACCACAUAGGUUGGUGGGUCUUUCAUCUUGCGCUUCUCGCAGGAGCCUCACAGCCUAG